GGGGUAAAGCCUAAUAUUUAGCUUGCAAAUUGAUUAAACCGUCACAUUCAGCUAAGCAUCUCAGACGCAAGGAWCGUUUUACUAAAGUAAUUCAGAAAUGUCAGACAAUAAAUGCCCAGCAUGUAGUAAACCGGUGUACUUUGCGGAGGAGGUUGUCGCAUCKGGCUGUAAGUGGCACAAACAAUGCUUCAAAUGCCAAGUCUGUAAUAAACGUUUAGACAGCACAACUUGCUGUGAUCGUAAAGGUGAAAAUCUCAAAAAAGAGCUAUACUGUAGGCACUGUUAUGGCAAAUGUCACGGGCCCAAGGGAUAUGGUUAUGGUCAAGGAGCUGGAGCCCUUACUAAUACUCAAURAACGUGGUUCACUGAACAUACAACCUGUAUUAUMAGUUUCUGUGGUGAACAUUAUCCGACAGCUAUGUCAAACAAGUGCCCAAGAUGUGGAAAGUCGGUGUACAUGGCGGAAGAGGUCAUCGGUGCUGGCGCCCAUUGGCAUAAAUCAUGUUUUACAUGCAAAGAAUGUAAUAAACGUUUGGACAGCACAACUUGCUGUGAUCGUGAAGUUAUUUUCCGCAGUUUCUGUGGUGAACAUUAUCCGACAGCUAUGUCAAACAAGUGCCCAAGAUGUGGAAAGUCGGUGUACAUGGCGGAAGAGGUCAUCGGUGCUGGCGCCCAUUGGCAUAAAUCAUGUUUUACAUGCAAAGAAUGUAAUAAACGUUUGGACAGCACAACUUGCUGUGAUCGUGACGGCGAGAUAUAUUGCAAGAGUUGUUAUGGAAAGAAGUUYGGACCAAAGGGAUACGGCUAUGGUGGAGGAGCAGGGGCUCUCACCAACACAGGCAAAUAAGAUACUCAACAUAAGCAAUAUCCAGAAAUGUCUGACAAUAGCUGUCCAAGGUGUGGUAAGGUCGUAUACAUGGCGGAAAGGUGUGUUGGUGCAGGCAAACAAUGGCAUAAGGCUUGCUUUACGUGCAGAGUUUGUAACAAACGUUUGGACAGUACAACCGUCUCUGAUCGUAAUGGUGAGAUAUACUGCAAGACUUGCUAUAGCAAGGAUUUCGGUCCCAAGGGUUAUGGUUAUGGUCAAGGAGGUGGAACCCUGACACGCACUCAAUAGACGAUAUGUGAUGGUCUUAGGCUACAUCAAUAAUGUCAACUUUUAAAUCACAGUAAAACAGCAAUCGCUACCUGACUGCAUCAGUGCUCAACCCUGAAUCCUCCUGACAUAGACGGCAUACAUUAUCACAAAUGACUCUUGACUAUUGCAAUAAUCUUUCUUUGUUACUAGGAAAGUCAGUGCUUUCUAAAUUGGAUUGCGCGCGGUCCGAUUAUUCACAAUUUGGCAGAUUUGGUUUACGACAAAAAAAUGUAUUUUUAAGUGAGAAAAAGUGAAAAAAUAAAGCCUAUUAAUUUGAAUAUC